UUUUGCGCAGAUCACAAACUGUCACGAGGAUCAUCAGUAGCACUUCCUCGUUCACAGACGCGGUUCUGAACGCAGAGGACGUGUCUCAUCAUGAACAUCAAAUUAAACUUAUGCUGUUUUCUUUUAAGCUAUAUGUUUAUGUGCUUGUCUGCACAAUAUGUGCCUCCGUACACUGAAGAUUGCAGAAAUGGCAUGUAUCCUCCAAACGGCCCAACAUUUAAAGGUGAUGUUCCUUGGUAUACUGUUGAUCUGGACUUGCCACCCAGCAAAAGAUGGACAGAUGUUAUCACAAACAAAAAGAAUGAAAUGGUGAGCAUGAUUCAGGCUAUCCGAGAUCUUGCAGAUGCCUUUGUUCCCAGCGGGAAGCUCAUUGAUCUAGUGGACAAGGAUUUGCCCUUGAUGGUGCCUACCUUACCCUACCCUUUCAAUGAAGAGAUCAGAGGAAUUGCAUCAGCAUCUGGUGUUCCUUUGGGCGAGGUUGUGCUCUUCAACAUAUUUUAUGAGGUUUUCACGGUUUGCACUUCGCUGGUUGCAGAGGAUGUAAAUGGCAAUCUUAUUCAUGCAAGAAACCUUGACUUUGGACUUUUCAUGGGAUGGGACAUGCAGAACAGGUCAUGGGUCAUCACAGAGAAGCUGAAGUCAAUGGUUGUAAACAUUGACUUCAGACGAAACAACCACACCGUCUUCAAAUCCACCAAUUUCGCUGGAUAUGUGGGCAUGCUCACUGGUAUUCGUCCGCACACAUUCACCCUCACUAUGAAUGAGCGAUUCAGUCUGGAUGGAGGGUACAUUGGGAUCUUGGAGUGGAUCCUGGGGAAGAGAGAUGGCAUGUGGAUGAGUUUUCUGACUCGUUCUGUUCUGGAAAAUGCCACCAGUUAUGAGGAUGCCAAGGCACUGCUGUCUGACACUAAACUGCUGGCUCCAGCCUACUUCAUCCUUGGAGGAAAUCGGACAGGUCAGGCCUGCAUUAUUACCAGAUCCAGAAAACACAGCAUCAGUCCUUUAGAGCUCGAUGUGAAGAAUGGCAGGUGGUAUGUAUUGGAGACUAACUAUGACCACUGGAAAGAGCCUCUGUUUUUGGAUGACCGCAGAACUCCAGCUAUGAGAUGCAUGAAUCAGACCACACAGGCUAAUAUCUCCAUUAAGACUGUCUAUGAUGUCCUCUCCACCAAGCCAGUCCUUAAUAAAUUGACCACAUACACUACUCUUAUGGAGGUGUCUAAGGGAUCAUUGGAAUCUUUUAUCCGUGACUGCCCCAACCCCUGCAUGCCGUGGUGAUGGGCUUCAAGAUUUUCUGCGUUACUAUAAUGUUUUUUUGCACAUUAAUGUAUCAUACAAACUUUUAAUUGUUGGGCAGUUAAAUAGUAGUCUUAAAUUUUAAACGGUUUGCAAUACCUGCUUUUGGAAACAUUUGUGGGCACUAUUUGGUUUGUCAAGCUUAGCUUUGGGUCAUAAUGUCAA